AUGGCCAGGAGAAGGAACAGUUUCGACGCGUACGAAGAGGACGACGACUACGUGGAGCCCGUGCGCAAGUCAAGAAGGGUUCAGACGUCGCAGUCGAAUGGGCCAGACGAGUCCAAUUCCAGCGAUAGCUCUGAGGAAACGGGUCCUCAAAACCGAUCCGUGGCGUCGUCCAGGGCUUCUGUGAAACAGCAGCGCGUCCAGAAACUCACCAAGGCGUUUGUUCGCUCCCUACUGGCGAUGGAAAGCAAAUACCAGGUCUUGAAUAAGGGCCUGACAGCAAAAAUAAUGGAGGUCGAGGGAGAGAAAGGCCAUGGUAUACAGUUUAAGAAAGACCUGCUGCCCAACAUCAGGGAGACGCUGGAGCGUGUCUUUGGGAUGGAGCUUGUGGAACUCCCGCCCAGACAAGAUACAAAAAACGCGUCCUCUGAUGAUUACAUUUUGGUGAACAAGCUACCGUUGUCGCUAAAGGACGAGAUCUACAAGUACUUCCAGUCACAGUCACGGCCAAUUGCCUCGCUGUCGGAUCUCAAGGAGCCGUCCACAAACUCCUCUGCUCUCUACAAAACUGGCGCCAACCUGCCCAAGCCUGUAUCUGACUUGAUAGCUCAGGGCUUCAAGAUGCUCAUAAUAGCUAUCAUUCUGCUCAAUGAAAAUAAUGUCAACAAGCAAGACCUACUCAACAUCUUGCAAACGAAGUUCCAGCUCAACUUCAGCGAAACGAGAACUGUGGAGCUGCUCGGCACAACGGUACCGGAGUUUCUGCUUCUCAUGGUCAAACAGGAAUAUCUAAAUCAGCUCGACGUGACACAGACACAAUCAAAGAACCAGCGACGCAUCACGUCCGCCAGCAGAAGUUCCGACGACAACAUGAUCAUCUACUCAAUAGGACGCCGCACAAUGGCAGAACUAGACCAAGAUAGCUUUAUCGAUUUCCUUAAAAAAAUGUACCCAAACUGGAACGAAGAGCUCGAAAAAAACGCCGUGUACACCCUGAACGAUAUAUGGAAAACUCCGCACGAAACAGCAAAUUAA